AUGACGUCGCUCUCGCAGUACGCCUCGCGCUUCCUCUCCUCUGGCCUCGCCACUUCCGUGCGCCCGGGCGUCGAGUCCGACCACGACGCCAACGACCCUGCCGACCCUCUCUUUUAUAGCCACGCCUCGGUCUCCGCUGCUCCUUUCUCCCAUCCCAACAACUCGCACAAUCCCUACGGCCCCGAUUACAGCCUAUCCAGCUCCGACGGCCUCCCCACCCCUCCCGCGCAUCACAAACACCCAUCCCACAGCGGCAUCCUACACAGCCUCACAGGCGCAAGCCGUUUCGGUCCUGCCUCCUUUCUCGCCUCAGGUCGAGGCAGGCCUGCAGCCAAUCACGCUACCCACGCCAUCCGCGAGUCGCUCAUCCGUGAGAUCGACGACGAGGACGACGUCGACCUCUGGCGCGACGAUCGCCGCAUGCCAGGCCUGGCUUCUCGUCUCGCACAUUCGUCGCGCUCCCACGAUCUCGACGACAGCUUGGAUGGCUCCCAAAACGCAAACAGCCUCCUCCCCAAGCAUCCAGCGCCGCCAGUCUCCUCAUCCCCCGCAGCCCCAUCCGAUGCACAGGACCCCUUCCUUGCCGACGGCGAUCUCGACGACGCCGCCAGCCACCACAGCACGUCCAGCACAAAGGAUGGACGCGCCGCCACAACAUCCGACUCGCCACACGUGCCCACAGCGGCCCAAAAACAUCGUCGCGAGGCUGCCAAAGCACGCGGAUGGCUGGCACACGGCUCCACCAUCGACGCAGACGCCUCGCGCACCACCAACACUGCCGCCUCACACUCUGCCAGGGAUAGCCGAUACGAUCCCUUCGAGUCGAGCAUCUACUCGCCUCACGCUCGCACGCAAGACCAGAGUCGCCUCGGCGAGUCCUCGCUGUAUGCGCAAUCCCCACCAUCUGCCAAGCCGCCGCGUUCCAAGACGGUAGCCUCGCAUCGCGACCGAUCCGGCGGUCUGUACAGCAUCUACGAUGAGCGCGAAGAGCACCACGACGAUCGCUCCGACCUCUCGCGCUCCCGAUCCGGCUCCGUCUCUGCAUCCUCCGUCACCGACUCGGACUACGACACCGAGGGCGACGGUCGCCGCACCCAGCGUACCCGCCGCAAGUCGCGCAACCGCGCCCGCCAGAUGACCUCAACUCUGCGCGAACCUCUCCUGCCGUCAGGAUCCGGAGACGCGCGUCCGCUGCGCAUCGGCAUCAGGAGAGCCUCCAGUACCGACUCGGAAGCCUCUCUGCAGCAGCAGCACCAUUCUCGCAACGAACGAUCUUCCUCUCGCCACCAACGCUCCGGCCGCAAUGCACGGCCGGGAUCCUCGCGUGACCACGAUCAAGACGUCAUCGACGAGAUCCACCUUUAUCCCGCGCCUCCCGCCAGGGCAGGCUGGGGACCGUGGGCGAAUCGUCUCGCCUUUGGCAAGUACCGCGACAAGACCGCCAUCGCCACAUUCGCUGCCGCCAUCGGGGCUGUUGUCUUGGUCGGUGCCUACCUCAGCUGGGGCGCACGGACGCCGAGCCAGCCCAAGUCGCCCAAGACGCGACCGUCGUCUUACUACACCAUCACGCGAUCGCUGCCCAUCCUCAUCCUCUUGACCGUGCUCUCGUUUGCUGCAGGAGUGGGCAACCUGCUGCUCCUCCGCAACUUGAGCCGAUUCGGCGGCGCCAAGGUCUUACGUACGGGCCUCAUGGGUGUGCCCAUCGUGCUCGGCCUUGGAUGGGUGUGGGCAUUUGCGGGAAGCUUCGUCUACGACGACGAAGCAUGGUCGGGAGGCGGGUGGAGCACCACGGGUCUGCGCAUCAUCUCGAUUUUCCCGCUCGCGCUUGCCGUGCUUUUCGCCCGCAUGGUGUGGCAGCGCCGCAAGGCGCUCUCUCGUUCCAUCGCCGUGCUUGAACUCUCUUGCACGGUGGUGUUGAUGCAUCCGGCCUUGCUGGUGCUCGCGCUCGCUUCGCUGGGCGUGUUUGCGCUCGUGACGAUUCCCUUUCUCUUUCUCUUCACUCGGCUCUUCCUCGUCGGUCACUUUGGACGGCCCAAGGGCGACUCGAUGGAGUGGCAGACUGAUACCAGGGCUGCUUGGCUGGCUUGGGCGACGCUGUGCGCGUGGCUUUGGACCUGGGCGGUACUGCGCGGCGUGCAACGCGUCACCGUUGCCGGUGUCGUCAGUCACUGGUAUUUCCACCGUAUCGGGGAUGGUGCACCGGCUGCAGCGACGUCGCAUGCUGCAGGACCAUCGGGCACGGCUGCUCACUCGGACUACCACGCCUCCUCGGCUCGCACAGCGACUCUGGACGAGCGCCGUGCGGACGAAGACGGCCUGAACAAGGUGGCGUACGCUGCACACGAUGACUCGAUCUACGACGAGAUGCCGGGUGCGCCAGGAACGUAUCCGCAGCACCGCGAUGCGCACGAUGCGGUGCGUCGACAUGCGGCGCCGGAUGCGACCGAGGUGGUGCGCGUGAGCUUUGCGCGGGCGACGGGUCCGGCGCUCGGCUCGAUCUGCAUGUCGGCACUGGCGCUGGCGGUGAUCAAGACGCUCACACUGGUGGCCGAGGUGGCGCGGAGGAUUUCGGAUGCGACGACGCAGCGCAGGGUGCCGCGGAUGCUGCAGCCACUCACGCAUGUGGUGGGCGUGUUGGCAGGGCUGGGUGCGGUGCUGCAGGCGUACAGCGAUCUGGCGCUCGUGUAUGUGGGUGUCACGGGCGACGGAUUCUGGACCGCGGCCAAGAAGAGUGCGCAGCUGGUGAGCAGGCGCGGCGUACAGGGCGUCAUGGAGGGACUGGUGAUCAAUCUCGUACUCGACUUGACGGCGAUUGCGUUGUCGUUCCUGGCGGGAUUGGUCGGAUUCCUGUUUUCGGCGCACCAGCUGCAUGUGCCGGCAGAUGCACCGCUCGUGGGGCUGCUGUGUGCGCUGUUGCCGUACUGGACACUCAGGCUGUGUGCCGACGUGCUCAGCAAUGCGUCGGAUACACUGUAUCUGUGCUAUGCGAUCGACCAUGCCUCCAAUGACGCACACUGCCCAAGGGCAGCCGAUGCGUUCGAGGCCAAGCCGGCCGAUGGAUCCGAAUCCAUCCUUCCCUUUUGA